AAUCAAUUGUCUGUGAAAAAAAUUCUCCGUGUGCAGCAAUCGAUCACUUUUCAGUAUAACUACCGAGUGACUGCGCACACUUGACAUAAUGCUGUCAUCUGAAUCGGUCAAGAUUUUGGUACUGUCGUUUCUAAACAUAAACUUUCUGAGUAGUGUUGCGGGUUUAUAUACACCUGAAACAAAUCUAGGCAAGUGUUUUGAGGGCACCUCCGAUGGAUACAUAUUAUUAUUCGAUCGCUCUUUCGUAGAUUGUGUCCGUGAGUGUAAGAGGAGACCCCGAUGUCAGGCACUUCGGUACGACCGCCGAACCCUGAUCUGUAUGCUGUACCCUACAGACAAAAUCCCCAAGAGAGACGUCGGCGGGUGUCAUCAGGCUUCCAGAGGGGAAGUUAUAAACCGAUAUGCACUAGAAGGCAAAUGUGAAGAACACUACACAGAAUGUAACAUAAAUCAGACUUGUUCCUUAAAUCCCACAACAAUGGAACCGUUUUGUGAAAUAUUAGAUUGUGCGGGAAGGCCAUCGAGAUCGUUGCCCCACACUGAAAUGCUGCAUUACGUGGACAGUCAAGUCGGGGCUCAAGCUAAAAUCCAAUGCUACACUGAGUCUCUGGGUGGUUCGAGUCCAUGGAGUCGGGCCGUAUGUACAGAUCAGGGGGACUGGUAUACUAAUAUUCAGUGCAAAGUGCCACAAGACUGCACGGAGCUGUAUGACAAGUACAAUGUCAGAGAGAGUGGACCUCACUACAUAUCUCCGGACAACAGAACUGUUGUCCGUGCUUUUUGUAAUAUGACAACUGAAGGUGGAUGGACGAUUAUUCAGAAAAGACAGAGUAACAGUAACUUCACUCGAAAUUGGAACGAAUAUAAGGCUGGUUUUGGGGAGGUAACAGGCAACUAUUGGAUUGGAAACGAUGCACUACAUUAUUUGACAAAAAGAGAUAACAUCUUAAGAAUCCAACUAAAGCCCUUUGGUGGCACUACUAAACAGGCAAAGUACAGAAAUUUCCGGGUGUCUGAUGAGUCAGAGAAUUUUAGAAUGACAUAUGACAAUUACGAAGGAAGCUCUGCGGUUGAUGCACUGGGGGGAACUUUAGUUCAGUUUCAAGCCAAGAAUAUGCCAUUCUCAACAAUUGAUAGGGACAAUGAUGAAUAUCCUGGGAGCUGUGCUGAUAAGAUGAGAGGUGGGUGGUGGUACAACUCGUGUUCAACGUCCAAUCUAAAUGGAAUUUAUUGUGAGAACGGCCCAAAUUGCAUGACUUGGAAGAUGAAUGAUGUAUCUUUGUAUGGACAUAAGGAAACCCUUGUCAUGAUACGAAGAACAACAAAUUAAACCACGAAGACAAAUACAUUAUAGAUCUAAUGGAAUACCAAAAAAAUAUCUUAUACGGUAUACAGAAUAUCGUUCUCUCCUCUUGGAAAAACCUACCUGCGUGAAUACCUAGCUAAAUGGAACCAAUCUCCAUUUGACAGGCUUGAGUCUAUGUAAAUUAUGUGACAGAGCAAUCUCUGGAUAAAUUUGCAUGGACAAAUAGCACGAAAUAAUCAGUGUUUUUACAGAUAGAUUUCAACUACUAGUUUACAACUGCAUUCUCAUGACUUUGUGAUAUUUAGCAUGCAUAUUGUAUAUAAGAGUGUUUUUAUUAUAAAUAAAUAAUAUUUACA